CAGCUCAUGGUGACCCCACGCUCGAGGUCCGGUCGUAGUCGUCGCUGCCGGCGCCUGCUCUCCCUCUUCUACCUUGAUUGGUCGAGCCCUCGCUGCGCCGACGACUGUGCCUCAGCUGCCGCGACGGCCGGCCGCGACGUGGCGAUCGGAGGCGCUGCAGCCAAGAGCUCCCUUGGCCUCGCCGCGGCCGCGUUCGUGGCCUCGCUCUCGAGCUUCCAGUUUGGCUACGCGACCGGUAUUCUCAACGUGCCGCAGCGAAUCAUCACCACCGACCUCGGCCUGGAUAAAGACUCCAUCUCUUGGGCCGUCGUCGUCUCCAUCUGGGCGUUGGGUGGCCUCCUGGGCGCGCAGGUAGCCGCCGUGGUGGCCGACAGCCGCGGCCGCAGGCCCCUCCUCGCGCUGUCGGGCCUCACCUGCGGUACCUCGGGCCUCGUCGCGUUCUGCGCCGGCACCGCCUCGCUCGCCGCUGGUCCCGAGUCGGUGGGCGGCCGCUCUGCCCUGUGCCUGCUCGUCCUCUCGCGCUUCAUCUCUGGAGGCGGGUGCGGCAUGGCGACGGUCGCGGCGCCCCUCUACCUCGGCGAGAUCGCGACCACCGAGACGCGAGGAGCACUCGGCUCUCUGGCACAGCUCUCAGUCGUGGUUGCCAUCGUGGUCGCGCAGGGCCUGGCCGCGCUCAUCACGCAUCACCUCGGGCUGCACUGGCGGCUGGUGCUCGGCCUGCCCGCCUUCAUCGGCGCCGCGCAGCUCGCGCUGCUGCCGCUCCUGCCCGAGACGCCGCGCUACCUCCUCUCGCGGGGCCUCGCGCAGGGAGGCGAGGCGCGCGGCGAGGCGCGCGAGGCGCUGCGCCUCUUGCGGCCGCGGGGCGGGCAGGCGUCCGAGGCGGUGGAGGCGGAGCUGGCGGCGCUGGAGCAGGAGCUCGGGGCGGGAGCGGGGGGAGGCGGACGGCGAGGCGUCCUCCUUCUCUGGCGCGACUCGCCUUCGCUGCGGCUGCCUCUGCUCAACGCCGCCGCCAUGAUGGUCGGCCAGCAGCUGAGCGGCAUCAACGCGGUCUUCUACUACUCGACGACCUUCUUCUCCUCCGCCGGCCUCGACUCGCCCGUGGCCGGCACGCUGCUCGCGUCGGCCGUCAACCCUCUCGGCUCUAUAUCGGCUGUAGGGAUCGGAGGGAUGUUUCUCUCGAGCGUCGGCGUCACCGCCGCGCUGAUCGGCAAGGCGCGCGCCAGUGCACACCACGAGGACGACUGGUCGCUCAACUGGCUCUCGGUCUCCUUCGUCCUCUGCUUCGUCAUCGCUUUCGAGCUCGGACCCGGCCCGAUCCCGUGGCAGAUCGGCGCAGAGAUCUUCCCCGAGCACGCGCGGGCCGCGGCCAUGUCGGCCGCGGCGGCUCUCAACUGGGUGUGCAACGCGGCCGUCGGCCUCGGCUUCCCUGCGAUGAGCAGCGCCCUCGGGUCGCUCGUCUUCCUGCCCUUCGCCGCUGUGCUGCUGCUGUGGCUGCUCUUCACGGCACGCUUCACGCCCGAGACGCGCGGCAGGUCCGUCGACGAGAUCCAGGUCGAGUUCCGGCGGCUGGCGGCCCUCGGCUCGAGGAAGCCGGCGCGGGCGGAGGGAGACGGCGUCCCCCUCUCCUCCAUCCGGCAGCCACAGGGCUGAGCGAGUCCGAAUUGCGCGCUAUAACACAGGCCCUGCGCUGGGGGCGGCCUCUUGUGGCUGCCUUGGGGCCUCACGUUGUCACCUCGUCUCGCACCGACGUCCGCGAAGAGAGAAGGCGAGAGCCGUGUGCACACAGAGGCUGUGCGCGCGGGGUCCGUCUCUCUCCUCUCGCAGAGGUGGAGUUCCGUGUGUGCUGACUGUGCAGCCGCCCGUGUGCGAGCGAGACAUAGCAUACAUACAACUCUUGUAGGUACACGUACU